AUGGCUGAGGGGGAAGAGUCCAUUGACAAUAAUGCCUCCUCCACUAGAUCAAUCCUCCCCAGGAAGAUGCCUGCUGGUGGAAUACCAAAUUAUCACCAGAGUCCUCAGAGAGCUGAAUCUCCUCCCAUUGUUAUAGGCAGCAUUCCAAUAUCCCCAACUGAUGAGGUCUCUGGCAACCAAAUGGAGCUAGAAGAGCCCAUGGUGUUGCAGCAUGCACUAAGUUCAAAGGCAACUGAUUUGGUGCAGUUCCUGCUCCUCAAGUAUAAAAUGAAGGAACUGACCAACAAGGCAGAGGUUGUAGAAAAGAUUAUCAAAGAUGAUGAGCAGUAUUACAGUAGAAUCUUUAAUGAAGCCGCUGAGGGUUUGAAGCUUGUCUUUGGCAUUGAUGUGAUAGAAGUGGACCCUGUUGUUCACACCUAUGCCCUUGUCACUGCCCUGGGGAUCACCUAUAAUGGAAUGCUGACUGAUAUCCAGGACAUGCCCAAGACAAGUCUCCUAAUAAUUGCCUUAGGUAUCAUCUGCAUGCAUGAUCACCGUGUCCAUGAAGAUGUGAUCUGGUGA